AUGUCGCGAAGAGAGUCUUAUAUAGCCACACAGUUUGGCUCAAUUUCAUCCCAGUUUCAGGAUCUAUUUGAUGAGCUGGGACUGAAUGCUGAAGAAAGAGAUGAACGAGAGCGACGGAUUUAUUCCGUUAUUGCUGAAGCAAUGGAGAAUUAUGUGAAGGACGUGGCUAAGGAACGUGACCAGAUUUUGAAUCAAUGUGUAUCAUUUCAGCAAAGUAUUCAAGAAAUGGUUAGUGCUUUAAGAGAUGUUGAUACUUUAGCAAUUUUGGGAAAGGAUGCCAAUGUUUUGUCCAGUUCAGUUUGCCCACCAUAUAACCCCCUACUGUUAAAUCUCAAAUCUGCUCAUUCAAAAUUAGAACAAAUCUUCACAAAUAGGUUGGAAAAGGUAAACAAAUCGUUAGAGAAAUUAAAGAAACUGGCAACUAAAAUAGAUAGCAUAUCGGUUCCUGCCAAAAUUAUGCCGGCCAAGAACUCGGAUAUGCUUUCUCUCAACUUAUCUAAUGAACAUAUUAUCGAAUUGGAACGCGAAGUAUUACGAUGGGAGGAAGAGAUGCAAUCUCGAGUUGUUAAAGUAUCUGACCUGUGUGCUCAAAUAUCUAAUCUAUGGGUAGAGCUAGGUACACCUCAGGAAGAGAUCGAUAUGAGCAUUCUCAAUAAUUCCAAAACUGAUGUUGAAACUAUUGGAUUGAUGACUGCAGACAUGGAACGUUUAGAAAAUCUUUGUAGCUCACUUCAGAAGCAGAAAGAUGAUCGCACGCAAAAGUUACUCUCUUAUAAAAAAGAAGUGAGCAGCUUAUGGAACAAGCUGUCAACGGAUGCCAGUUUUGUAGAAAAUUUUGAAAAGGCAAAUCGUGGUAUUAGCACUACUGUGGUGGAAAAUUAUCGUUUGGAACUCGACAGGCUAAACGAGGAAAAGCGACAACAUAUUCACAUAUUUAUUAAAGAAGCCCGUGAGACGUUGCAGGACUUAUGGGAUGAGCUAUAUUUCUCUGAAGAAGAAACAUCAUUAUUCACACCAGCGUGGACUGAUAUUUAUACUGAUGCUUCGUUACAAGCUCAUGAAAGCGAAAUUGAGCGUCUACAUGGUCUUGUCAAUGAAAGAAAACCGGUGUUAUCUCUGCUUAAGAGUUAUAAAGAUAUUCAACAAGAUGAAGGAGACCUUCAGGCUUCUAUGGACGAUGCAUCUCGAUUACUGUCGAAGGGACCAGGCAGAAGAGACCCAGGUAGACUGCUGAAGGAAGAGCAAAUGAGAAAGCGUAUAGCCAAACGAAAGCCAAAGAUUCUUCAGGACUUAAGAGAGGCCUUAUUAGCAUGGCAAGAAAAGUCAGGCAAACCUUUUAUAAUCGAUGGACGUGAUUUUUUGGAGGUGAUUGAAGAGGAGGAAGCGAAACUUUCACGAGGCGGUACAAGAGCUAGAAGACCAGCUGCAACACCGUCCGCUACUAGUAACAAUUCUUCUAAAAUUGCUCCUAAUAACACUGCAAGGACGUUGACAAGUUCUGCUAGGGGGAAGAAGUCACCAGUGAAACCAGCUCCGGCACCUGUAGUCCCAUCCUCGGCACGUCCUCGAAUCAGGCAGGUAGGAUUUCCAGCUUCAGUAAAUCGACCUCAGCAUGCGUCCCAAGCCAGCACUGGAUCUGUUAUUCCAUCUCGUCAUGUCGAACAGUCAAUGUCACCCACUAGAAUUAAACAGCAUACAAGGCUGGAGACAGCAUCUCCAUCACGCCAGCAAAAUGCCCGUCCUGUUUCAAGAAUGAAAGCUGACUCACCGGUUCGACAAGAGCCCUUAAGGGGCGAACAGCCAUCGAGAGUUGGGAACACUUCCCCAACUCGACGACAAGCGUCUCCACGUAGUCAAUCACGUUUUGAAAUAAGAUCGCCAAGUAGACUCCAACCGAACGGGCUUGGAGUACGCUCGGCGAUUGCAAAUCACACCUCAGCUCGACCGGCGUCCAGCAUGAGUAUUGGCAGGAAUCCACGGUCUCCAGGUAAAGAGAAUCGUAAUGUUGGAUUGUCAUAUGAGACUCUGUCGGCAAAAGAGAAGUUGCAACCGAGCGAUCGUGUUGUGUCAACCACCAGUACUGCAUCUUCAGAGAAUUGGGAGACCUAUGACGAAGCAUCUUCUAGUGAUGAUGACAAUUCUGAACAGUACGCGAAAUGGCGUCAAGGUGCCCUCAAGAAAUUAACUUCUGAAGAGAAUACCGAUCUUGACGGAGCAGGUGGCCUAGACCCCAUACCAAGUUUGCAUCACCAUCACCGAGUCUCUGAAUUCAACUGGGACAAAGAUACGUUCUAA